UAACCUUAUGUGUGUUUUGAAAAUAUCUGUAAUAAAUUUAUAUUGUUUGCGGCUACAAGUAUACCAAAUACAUUUAUAAGAUAUGGAGAAACCGGUACAAUUACGAAGGGACUGCCAGCCGUCAGCAGUUCCUCUGAAGAACAGCUAUUACCAUGGAACGUGUGACGAACCAUUAAUCAGUGAAACCAUUGGUGACGUACUUGAUGAGGCAGCAGGAGAAAAUCCAGAUCACGUGGUGUUUCGUACCAAUGAAUUCCAAGAGCAAAUUACGUUAAUUGAACUGAAACGAAGGGCUGGUGAGCUGUCUAAAGCUCUACAAGCUUCCGGAUUACAACGCGGAGAUAUUGUAUUGUUAGUCGGGAUAACGGACAUUGAAUUUUUUGUGUUGUACUUUGCCAUCACUCAAAUUGGGCUUGUUUUCCUGUAUCCAGAGUUAGAUGAACCAGUAGAAAAGGACACAACAAUAUACUGUAACAUGAAACCUGCAGCCAUAUUCAUUGGGAGACAGCAUUCACCUGCAUCUAUUUCAGUAAUUGAUGAUUUUGUGCAAAACCAUAAAAUUCCAGGAAGUGGAUCAGUGUCUGUAGUAUUGGUCAAUGCAUCGAUCCCAAACAGGAACUACAUUGAUUAUAAUAACUUCCUUCAUCUCGGCAAAACCAUCCCAGACAUUGACUUUCUAUCUAGAAGGAGAAAAGUGUCAAUAGACGACGUAGCUGUACUUUUUGUGUCCAGUGGUACAUCAUCAAACGAAAAAAAAACAUCAUGUGCAACACAUCACAUAAUUGUCAAUGUCGCCAAGUUUGGUCACGUUCGUAUGUGCCCACAUAUGUCUAAUGAGGUGAUAGGCGUUCUCAAUCCAGUUAUAGAUGAUGCAGUAUGUCUCCUGCAACUGGUGCGUACAGUUUUAAAUAAAGUUGUGUGUGUAUUGGGAUCACCGUCGAUAACACCUACUCCAGAUGCUACCGAAUCGUUCAUGUCCUAUGUUGAAAAAGAAAAAAUUACUUGGUACAGUGGGAUGCCCUUCGAACUUAUUUUUGCGAUGAAAUCGCAAAGCAGAAACAAGUAUGACUUGUCAAGCUUAAGGGGAGGAGGACUACUUGGACAAGUAACCAAACCUCAAACUAAGGCACAACUCGCUAAGUUAUUUCCUGAAUCUGCAACGCUAUUUGGAGCUACCGAGGCAUUUGCUGGUUUUGCCACUUCAAUUGUGUACUCUACACCAGAGCAACGUCUAUCAACAGUGGGAUACGGUUUUCCACAUUGUGAGAUUAAACUUGUAGAUAGCAAUAAUGUUAUAGUACCAAUAGGCGAGCAAGGUGAAAUAUGUAUACGUGGGUGGACAGUUUUCAAAGAAUACUUAAAUGACCAACAGCUGACAUCUCAGGCAAAAGACUUAAGCAAGAAUGGGUGGUACCAUUAUGGAGAUAUUGGUAUUAUGGACGGGUCAGGUCAUGUGACAUACAUUGGCCGAAAGGCAGAUUGUGUGCGAUAUAAGCAUUUCUCAGACGUUGUAUAUCCAGCACAGAUAUUAUCCGUCAUAGAGUCAAAUGACAAGAUACAGAAUGCAAAAGUUAUAGGAAUACAAAGCGAUGAGAAAGGUGAUGAUAUUUGCCUUUGUGUUGAACCAAAAGAGGGUUGUACUAUCACAGAAAAGGAACUUUCAGAUAUGCUCCAAGACAAACUUCUGGAAAAUAUGCGGCCAGAUUAUUAUUUUGUCUUUGAAGAACUUCCAAGAACGGGUUCGCGUAGAAAGAUUGCUUCGAACGUUUUAAAGAAUAUAAUUGCUGCGAAGUUAAAAGAGAAGACAGGAAAAUAAGUAUGAGAACAGUGAUUACUGUUAACAAAAGAAAGAACAAUAUAUGAAAGUAUGUGUGUAAGGAAAGACGGGCCUUCUCCUGUUUUUACAUUUCUCUGCGAAAUGAAGUUUAAGCUUGGCGGCUUAUAUUGUAAUAACACAAGUCUUUUUAUAUAAUACAGCAACACAAUUUAUGAAAUGACACAUGAGCUUGAGUCGUUAAUUAUUUCCGGUCCUCUGAGAUAUUGAAGCAAAUUCAUUAUCUUUGUUUAAGGGGCGUGACAUAUGCCAUUACCUUCCGUGGAUGGGCUCAAUCAUACCGAGUAUUCCAUUAUUCAAGGAAAAUGCAUCGUUGAUUCAAUUUAUUAUUUUUAAGGUAGUUCUAUUACUGAAACCAUUUUCAUUUUUUAUCGGAAAAGUUAAAAUAAUGAAUUUGAUUUUUUGAACUAUAUGUAUUUUGCAUCCAUGAAACUGUUUGCAUAUGUAUGUAUUUUACUUGAAUGUAUUAUUGUUUGACAUAAUUUAGGUUUAUUGUAUAUGCUUUGCUAUUUGUUACACUAUAGAGUUUUUAUGUAGAUGUUAAGAAAUGUGAUUCUUUUGUACGUUUUUUAUUUUGUUGUGUAUGUUGUCCUGGAUCCUAGUGCGCGUCCGUCUCCCAGUCCCUGUGUUUGUUUAUAUAUUCUGAACACAGUUCACUGGUCGAUCGUAUUCUGUAUAUGUGUUAUUGUACUUUACACGUAUAGGUGACUGAUAUAGUUUCUUACAGAUUGGCCAUUGAGCUGUUUCAUAUACGUGGACAAACUAUGUAAAACGUAUAUAUUUAGAUCGCGUCCAUUUACCGUCAUGUUGAACUGGGUACAAAAACUGUUCUAUUUGUUAAUGACCGCCUCUUGUGAAGCCAUCUCUGAAUUGUACCAAAGUAUAGUUAACUCUAAAUUUGUGUUUUAUACAAUGUUUUAUACAGUUUUACUAGUAUGUAAUGUCACAUACUCUAAACAGGGAAAACCUGCAUGUAUAUCUCCAGUUGUAUUUGUAGUUGAGAAUGUCUAUUACUCUCUUAUUGUACAGUUUCUUCUCAUGCUAUGUGGCGAUAUCGAGGUAAAUCCAGGACCUGAGACAGAACAUGACUGCCUUUCAAUUUAACACCAAAACAUACGUAGUAGAAGGGAUAAACUCGAUUAUAUCAAAGAUCACUAUCUCGACUUUAAUAUACUAUGUUUUACAAACAGUAAAUUGUCUUUUGAUACUGCUGGUGAUUUCUUAAAGUUAGACGAAAUAUGAUAAAAUGUAUAGAAAGGAUAAAACUGCUAUCUCUGGUGGAUUACUUAUGUACGUAGCUUCACACAUCCAGUCCUGGCGUCUUUCAGAACUGGAAAACAUUCUUCCGGAAUCCAUAUGGAUAGAAAUCAAAGAUUCUUCUCAAACAUUUUUAAUUUGCAAUUUGUAUCGUCCACCCCCAUUCGACCGUCGAAUUCUGCGAUAGAAUUAACAUUUGUCUUGAUAAAGCUCAUGAAGAUACCAAUAAAAUAGCUGUAGUAACGAAGAUCAUAUGAAUUUGACUAAUAAUAAAGUUCGAGAUAUACUGCUCUUGAAUAAUAUGACAAAUGUAAUUAACGAACCAACUAGAGUAACUGACAACUCUCAAACGUUAAUAGAUCCUAUAGCUCUAACGAAUAAUAUUACAUGUCAUCACUCUGGUACACUGAAGACACACAGAAACAUUAGCGAUCAUUUCGGAACUUUUGCAUACAUUAAGGUAAACAUAAAUCUAAAUAGUCCUUUCAAGCGCAGAGUAUGGUACUACAAACGAGCAGAUUUUAAAGCAUUUAACGAGAAAAUUCGUGUAACAGACUGGUCCUUUUUGUUAUCAAAUGAUAAUAAUACCGCAACAAUUGAGUUCACUGAUAAAUUUUCAGAACUUGCAAAAUCGUGUAUUCCAAACAGGUUUGUAACAAUUAGACCCAACGAUAGACCGUGGUACAAUUCAGAAAUACGGAAAAUCUCCCGUAAACGCGAUAGACAAAAACGUAUAUCUCUUACUACAAAGAAAAUCUCAGAUUGGAAUAAUUACAAAUUAUUUAGGAAUAAAGUUAACAACAUGUAAAAAACAUGCAAAAGCAAUAUUUUUUAACAAUAUUGAAUUUACAAUAAAUGAUGUAAGCUCUUUGAAUCCUCAUCAAUACUGGAAACUAGUAAAGCUGUUAGUAAAGGAAAACUCAUCAAAUUGUGACGUAAUACCACCACUCUCAUCAAACAAUGGGCCGUUUGCGACUUCGGAUUUAGAAAAAGCUAACACACUAAAUGAUUACUUCGCGUCUAUAUCAACUAUUGACGAUUCUCAUUCAGAGUUACCUAACUUUACACUAAAAACAAACGAAACAUUCGGCGAUAUUAAUGUAUCAGACCAAGACGUAAUUGAUGUUUUAACUAAUUUAGUUACUAAUAAAGCAAGUGGACCGGAUGGAAUUAGUCAUCGAAUGCUGAAAUAUAUACAAGUUAUUCUUUCUGUAGACCGCUAAAAAUGCUAUUUAACCGAUCCAUACGUACCCAAGUUGUUGGAAAGGGGCAAAUGUAAUGCCACUUUUUAAAAAGGGUGAUAGGUCCAUUCCUUCAAAUUACAGGCCUGUGUCCCUGAUUAGUUGUGUUGGGAAAGUUAUGGAAAGAGUGAUGUUCAAGUACUUUUAUAAUUACCUAUUUAUGAAUAAUAUUUUAUACAAACAUCAGUCUGGCUUUUUACCUGGUCACUCAACAGUGUACCAAUUAAUUGACAUUUAUAAUCAGAUAUAUAAAGUCUUUGAUGACAAAAAAUCAACGUGUAUAGUAGUCUGCGAUAUAAAUAAAGCUUUCGAUAGAGUUUGGCACAGGGGACUUAUUUCAAAUUAAAACAGUAAGGGUUUAGCGGAGAUAUCAUAAACUGGAUUUCUGAUUAUCUAUAUAACAGGCGACAAAAAGUCUUUGUAGGCUCAACAUUUUCAAGUGAAAAACAUAUCAACGCCGGCGUGCCUCAAGGGUCGGUUCUUGGUCCUCUUUUGUUCUUAAUAUACGUCAAUGACAUAGCAGAUUCUCUAGUCAGUUUUACCAGGUUAUUUGCAUAUGGUACGUCCCUGGCUGUUAGUUCGGAUGACGCUAAUUAUAUAGGAGCUACCAUCAAUCGCGAUCUUCAAAUCUUGUCAAACUGAGCACAACAAUGGCUUGUGCAUUUUAACCCAUCCAAGACAGAAGUUAUUUACUUAUCUUUGGCUAAAAAUAAUAGAAAUCUUCCUUCACUUUACUUACAGAAUACCCAGUUAACUUAUGUUCAGACACAUAAACAGCUAGGCGUCACACUAAACGACGAUGGAACUUGGCACAAGCAUAUUAUUUCUGAUAUAGCAAAAUCAGCGAGUAAGGUUUUAGGAACUAUGCAUAUGUUAAUGUUUAAACUAAAACGGAAAACUCUAAACCAAAUUUAUAUAUCGUACCUAAGACCAAUUCUAGAAUAUGCACAGAUAGUUUGGGAUAACUGUACACUAUAUGAGAAACAAUUAUUAGAUAAAAUACAAUAUGACGCGGCAAGAACUGUUACUGGACUUACUAGAUCAGUCUCAAUGGAAUUGCCUUUGAAAGAAAUAGGUUGGUCACAUUAAAUGAUAGGAGAAUAAAGCAAAAACUACUUUUAGUGUACAAAUACAAAAAAUGGAGACUUACCAAGUUAUCAAGUUAUCUGAAAGAAAAAUUUCUGCCUACAGUUUUUGAAUCUAUUACCUAUAACUUGCGACAUAAUGAUGAUUAUGCCACUCUGGCUCGCCGGCUCGAAAUAUAUUCUAGAUCAACCAUACCAUCAUCUAUCAAAUUGUGGAACGAAAUAAAUGUAAACAUACGGAACGCUUAUACUUUAUCUUCAUUCAAAGUAACCUAAACGACAAGUUUAAAGCACCCCAAGUACCUUCGUAUUAUCUCUUAAGAGAUCGUGUUUUCCAGGUCCACCAUGCUAGCUAGAAUUAGGAACAGAGAUUUUCUAGAAAUAACUAAAUAAACUUCAGUAACGUGGUUUAUUUCUGUCUAAACAUACUUAGAGUAGGGACAGGGUGGGACGCGCGCGGGGGCCGGGAUAGCUACAACCUUGUAGAAGGGUAUAAAUGGUAAUCUCCUUUGUUUGUUUCUUUCCUUAAUUCAUGUGUUGUAUGUGUUUACAAUGUCUUUUCUUUCGGAAGCUAAUAUUUAUUUAUUUACCAUUUAGUAUUUUUUUUUUGUCUUUUCAUUUUGGAAUUUUUUUUUCAUUUUUAGCAUUCAUGGUGUAUAAAUAGCCUGACGACAAUACAAAAAUCUUCUAAGUCUUGUUCCUUAUGUCUGACUAUAGAGAAGGGCCGUCCGUUAAUGUUGGUAUAACUUGUGGCCCAACCCGUUUGCUUUUGAUAUCAACUUUAUUAAUACAUGUGUUUAUUCUUUCUUUUGUUUGUUUGCUGAUUUAUUUGCAUGUAUUGUAUAGCUUUGUAUUUCCGUAUUUCUUAAGCAAUAAAAUAUGAUUAAACUA